ACGUUUAUUGCAUGGUUUGUGCAAUUUGGAAUACCGGUACAUACCACUUUAAAAAUAAAAUGUUUAUUUUCUAUCAUUUUUAAUCUUUGUUUUUCAAACAAAUAAUUAAAAAUAUUUUGAUCAUUGAACAUUUUAGAUUUAAUUACUCAACUAUGGUUGAUGAGAGGAGAGACUUCAUUCUAAAAACGGCAGGCAACUAUUAUGGCAUUAAUGAUCUUGAACCAUCCAAGUCAGAAAGAUCUAUUGAGGAAUUCCUAGAUAACAUUGACUGUCUCACAUUAAUCAUCAAGAAACAAAAUGAGGGAUCUGAGUUGGAGUUCAGUAAUGAGGUAAAUAAUAUCAUUAUACCGUAAUCAAUUUAGAAAAAGGGUAACUAAAAAAAAGAAGUAAACUAAAUAUUGAAAAUAAUUCAGUUUUUAAAGAACCUUGAA